AUGGCCCAAAACAUUCCAGAAUUUAAGCUCAUUCUUGUAGGUGAUGGUGGUGUUGGCAAGACGACAUUUGUCAAGCGUCACUUGACGGGUGAGUUUGAAAAGAAGUACGUCGCGACGCUUGGUGUCGAGGUACAUCCGUUGACGUUCCACACGAACUUUGGCCCGAUCCGUUUUAACUGCUGGGAUACGGCUGGUCAAGAAAAGUUUGGUGGCUUGCGUGAUGGCUACUACAUUCAGGGCCAGUGUGCUAUCAUUAUGUUUGAUGUGACGUCCCGCAUUACCUACAAGAACGUCCCAAACUGGCACAGAGACCUGUUUCGCGUGUGCGAAAAUAUUCCCAUUGUUUUGUGUGGCAACAAGGUCGAGGUCAAGGAUCGUAAGGUGAAGGCUAAGCAGAUUACGUUUCACCGCAAGAAAAACUUGCAGUAUUUUGACAUUUCGGCCAAGUCGAACUAUCAGUUCGAGAAGCCUUUCUUGUGGCUAGCUCGCAAGCUUGUUGGUGACAACAAUCUGACUUUUGUGGAGGCGCCUGCUCUUCGUCCGCCUGAGGUCACAAUCACUCAGGAACAGAUUGCCCAGAUUGAGGCUGAUGCUAGUUCUGCCGCAGCUGCGGUGCCACUUCCGGAUGAGGAUGAAGACUUGUAA